GUUCUCUAACAACAAAGGUUCCAUGGUGCACAUUUAUAGCCAAUUCUGAUAAGAAUUUUACCUACAGCCCAUCUACUUCGGCUGACCAGGAAGAACGGUCCCCGUAUUAUCAUUAAUAUUCAUAUGACAUUUCUUAUAACCAUUGUGGCAUGCUGAGAGGAAUUUGGUUUUUCUAAUCUCCCCCUCGUUCCCUAGCGCCUGGAAAUUGUACUCGACUUCUAUUGGCGUUGAAAAUCUCAUUCGGACUGUCCAGAACGUAAUGUGGUGAAAUGCGUUCCUCGUUUCUUCGACAUUAAUGGACAUGAAAUCUACGAACUUCGGCGCCGUCUCAUCCUGCGUUCUCUUUUCUUCCAUACAGAGCAAUGGCAAAACAAAGAGCCAGAAACAACAGAACCAGAACCAGAAACACAAACACAAUCGCAAUGGCCAGAGCAGGAAAAGGAAACUCUCGUUCCCAAAAUCAUCUCCAACUCCACUCCUAAUCAACCAGAAGCCUCAACCCCGGACGAAACUCCAAGCGCUCAACACCUUGGUCGACGAACUAGAAGCAGCAGUAGAGAACGGAAUAAAGCUCGACGCCCAAACCUUCUCUUCACUCCUAGAGACAUGCUUCAGGCUACAGGCCGCCGACCACGGUUUCCGGGUUCACCGCCUUUUACCGGAGAAGCUUCUGCGCAAGAACGCCGGCCUUUCCUCCAAACUGCUGAGACUGUAUGCGUCCGGCGGACACAUGGAGGAAGCCCACCAGUUGUUCGAUCGAAUGCCUAAGAGAAAUGCAUCUGCUUUUCCUUGGAACUCACUUAUAUCGGGGUAUGCUGAACUGGGUUUAUACGAGGAUGCCAUGGCGCUUUACUUCCAAAUGGUGGAAGAAGGGGUUGAACCGGACGGUUUCACCUUCCCCCGCGUGCUGAAAGCUUGCAGUGGAAUUGGGUCGAUUCGGGUCGGUGAGGAAGUUCAUCGGCAAGUCGUUCGCUGUGGCUUUUGGGGCGAUGGCUUCGUGCUCAAUGCUCUUGUUGACAUGUACGCCAAAUGUGGCGACAUUGUGAAGGCCCGCAGGGUGUUCGACAAAAUAGCUUCUCGGGACGUGGUUUCGUGGAAUUCGAUGCUUACUGGUUACAGUUGCCAUGGGCUUUCGGCGGAAGCGAUGGAUAUCUUUCGCCAGAUGAUACAAAAUGGAUGCGAACCAGACACAAUUAGCAUAUCCACUGUUCUUACUUGCGUAUCAUCGUCUUUGCUACUCGGAACCCAAGUUCAUGGUUGGAUGCUUCGGCGAGGACUUGAAUGGAAUCUGUCAGUUGCCAAUUCUUUGAUCGUUUUGUACUCUAAUCACGACAAGUUGGAUCACGCACGUUGGUUGUUCGACGAAAUGCCUGAAAGGGAUGUUGUAUCUUGGAAUUCGAUAAUUUCAGCCCAUUGCAAAGACCCAGAAGCCCUAAAUUACUUCAGCCGGAUGGAAAGUGUUGGAGCUUUGCCAGACAGCAUCACAUUCGUGUGUCUGCUUUCGGCUUGUGCCCAAUCGGGUUUGUUGAAGGAAGGAGAGAGGCUGUUUUCUCUUAUGAGAGAGAGAUAUGGAAUUAGUCCGAUCAUGGAGCACUACGCUUGCAUGGUGAAUCUUUAUGGAAGAGCUGGGUUAAUCAGUGAGGCUUAUGAAAUUGUGGAGAAGAAGAUGGAAUUUGAGGGUGGUCCAACAGUUUGGGGAGCAUUGCUGUAUGCUUGCUGCCUUCACGGCAAUGUGGAUGUUGGGGAGGUGGCUGCCCAAAGACUGUUUGAGUUGGAGCCGGACAAUGAGCAUAAUUUUAAGCUUCUGAUGAAGGUCUAUGCCUGCGCAGGAAGGUUGGAGGACGUGGAGAGAGUGAGGAUGAUGAUGGUGGAAAGAGGGUUGGACUCGUAGACUGGUUUGCUUUUCCAAGGUUUUGUGCUCCAUGUCAAAGCAUUCAUUAUUUUCUUUUAAGGGUUAAGACUAGUGAUUAAGAAGUUAUAAUUGUCUCUUUUAUAUUAGAGUUGAAUUUCUUUGGAUGAGUUCACAAAGAUUUCUAUA